ACCCUCGCGUGUUCACACGCGUGUCUUGUUUCUUUAUGGUUGCUUUUUCUCGUUAUCUAGACACACACGAUUCUUCUGUUCAUAGAGAAAGAUUUAUAUAAAAAGUCAGUUUCAUUUUGCUCGUCUGUGUUUCGGUUCUGUCUGAACGGCAAUCAUCAUCCUCUCCAUUACUCCUGCCAUUAAACCUUUCUUGAGAAUAUUAUUUUGUGAACGAUGAGAAGCCAACGAGAUCAAGACUCCAGGGCUUUCUACGACCUCUCGGCUCUUGUCCUGAGCCUCCUCCGCUCUCCGCCGAUGCCGAUUUCUCUCCCCGAUCACUUCCCGGAUUCGCCGAUGAUGAGGACUCGGUCGCCUUCGAUGGCUCAUAUAUCUCCCUCGGGGUUCGCGUCGCUGCUGCUCGGUAUCUCCGUGGCUCUGAUGCUGUGUGGAUCCGUGACUUUCUUCAUCGGCUUCCUCUUGUUGCCUUGGGUUCUGGCUCUCAUCGUGGUUCUUUAUGUUGCUGGGAUCGUCUCCGCCAUUUCCAUGGCUGGGAGGUCGAUCCUCUCUUACGUCUUGACGCCGCCACCUUCUUUUUCAUCGAGGAAGGACAUUUCUGAAUGGAAGCUGUUGUGAAGCGACGAAAACCUCAAUUAUCAUCCGGAAAAGCGGGACAAAGAAGAUGGAUUGAGUAUAUAACAACGCAAUCCAGAUUAGAGAUUUUCUAUAUAUGUUCUUUUAUCUGUAUUUUGGGGGAAAUUUAUGUGGAUAUUUGGGAGUUUUUUUAUAUUUUUUUUUACUUUUUCAA